AUGGGGCUUCACGAGCAGGAUGGAAAGCUGAUCUUCACCUACGACGCGGAAAAGGUCUGGGUUGAACCAUGGGGACCCAACUCAUUCCGAGUCCGAGCCACUAAAGCUCGCGAGAUGCCAACCGAGGACUGGGCCUUGCUGAAGCCCAAGAAGGUGGAAGUUGGCAUCACCAUCGACGACAAAGCCGGCACCAUCACCAAUGGCAACAUCAAGGCCUCCAUCACCCGCGGCGGGAAGCUGAUGAUGUGGAACUCCAAGGGCGACUUGCUCCUCGAGGAGUACUCCCGCCACCGACGCGACGUCCUGGACCCCAAGUGCAGCGCCCUCGACGUCGAGGCCCGCGAGUUUCUCGCCAUCGUCAACAGCAACGACUACCAUCUCACCGCGAGGUUCGAGAGCGUCGACGCCGAGGAGAAGAUCUUCGGCAUGGGGCAGUACCAGCAGCCGUUCCUGGAUCUGAAGGGCCACGACCUCGAGCUUGCGCACAGAAACUCCCAAGCCAGUGUGCCGUUCGCCGUCUCGUCACUGGGGUAUGGCCUCCUUUGGAACAAUCCCUCCGUCGGCAGGGCGAUUCUCGGUCGCAACAUUAUGAGCUUCGAGGCCAAGUCCACACGGGCCCUUGAUUACUGGAUCGUGGCCGGCGACACCCCGGCAGAGAUCGUCGAGGCCUACGCCGAUGCCACAGGCAAAGUCCCCAUGAUGCCCGAGUAUGGCCUCGGAUUCUGGCAGUGCAAGCUCCGAUACCAGACACAGGAAGAACUCCUGGAAGUUGCGCGCGAAUAUCGCAGACGCGAGCUGCCCAUCGACCUCAUCGUCAUCGAUUUCUUCCACUGGCCGCUACAAGGCGAGUGGAAGUUCGACCCGACCUACUGGCCCGACCCGGACGCCAUGAUCAAGGAGCUGCAAGAGCUCAAGAUCGAGCUGAUGGUCUCGAUCUGGCCAACAGUCGACCACAAGUCCGAGAACUGGGACGAGAUGGUCGAAAAGGGAUACCUUAUCCAGUCUGACCGAGGCAUCCGGAUCGCCAUGAACUUCCAGGGCGACACCACCCACUUUGACGCGACCAACCCUGGCGCGAGGGACUACGUCUGGAAGAAGGCGAAGAAGAACUACUACGACAAGGGCAUCCGCGUCUUCUGGCUCGACGAGGCCGAGCCCGAGUAUACGGUGUACGACUUCGACACCUACCGCUAUCACCUGGGGUCCAACGUCUCCAUCGGCAACAUCUACCCGGUCGAGUACGCGCGCGCUUUCUACGAGGGCAUGGAGGCGGAGGGACAGGAGAACAUUGUCAACCUUAUCCGGUGCGCGUGGGCCGGGAGCCAAAAGUACGGCGCCCUGGUCUGGAGUGGAGAUAUCGCCUCGUCCUGGGGCAGUCUGCGGAACCAGGUCGCCGCCGGUCUUCACAUGGGCCUCUGCGGUCUCCCGUGGUGGACCACGGACAUCGGAGGCUUUCACGGCGGUGACCCCAGAGACGACAAGUUCCGCGAGCUGUUUGUGCGAUGGUUCCAAUGGGGUGCGUUCUGCCCCGUCUUCCGUCUCCACGGGUGCCGUGAGCCGGAGCAGCCGCAGCACGGCACCACAGGAGGCGCGACUUGCCACAGCGGCGCGCCGAACGAGGUCUGGUCGUACGGCCCCGAGGUCUACGAGAUCUGCAAGAAGUACAUGUUCCUCCGCGAAGAGCUCCGCGAGUACACGCGGUCCCUGAUGAAGGAGGCCCACGAGAAGGGCACGCCUGUGAUGAGGACGCUCUUCUACGAGUUCCCGGGCGACAAGGAGACGUGGAACAUUGGCCAGCAGUACAUGUUUGGCGACAAGUUCUUGGUCUGCCCCGUGUUGGAGCCCGGAAAAAGGACUGCCAGGGUUUAUCUUCCUACUCUUGAGACGGGCGGGAAGUGGAAACCGCUGCUGGAGGGUACAUCAGAGACCUAUGAGGGUAGUAGGUGGGUUGAGAUUGAGGCACCGUUGGAUUGGAUGCCGGUCUUCAAGAGAGAGUAA